ACACCCAAGAGAUGGAGACCGUGACGGGAGGCAGGAUCAUUCUCAGCCUGGAAAUCGGCCUGAUUCUCUUUUAUGUCGGUGCUGCGGAUGACUGUACGGUCCUUGUCCAGCAACCGCCUUACCUCGAAGUGGCCCACACUCAAGGGGCCGUGACCAUUCAGUGUUCCUUCUCCUACAACGGGUGCAUUUCAGGGCAACCAAAAAGCCUGUGGUUUCGCUAUGGUGCGGACCAGCCUGAGAACCUAUGCUCGGACGGAUGCACUGGCGAUGCAGGCAAAUUCACAGUGAAGGAAGCCCUGACAGAGGGGGAAGUCUCCCUCACUAUAAACAGGGUGGCUCUGAACGACAGCGCCGUCUACAUCUGUGGAAUCGCCUUCCCCAGAUCCACGCAACCAGGAGCUAAGCGGACCGGAGAAGGGACCACACUGGUGGUAAGAGAAAUGAAGGAACUACACAGACUGCACAGCCUGCACAGCCUCCUGACAGCCAUUCUGUCGCUGCUCUCCGUGUACAUUACUGGUGCUCUCGUGAUCUUCGUGAUCCUCUCCAAAUCAAAAUCUAACUCUUUAAGAAACAAAGAAACCGAAGAUUCACAAAAGAAGAAGAGCGCCCGGCGUAUUUUUCAGGAAAUUGCUCAAGAACUAUAUAGUAAGAGACACGUGGAAACAAGACAUCAACCUGAGAAAGGCAACACUUACGAAAACAGAAGAGUGUUUUCCAACUAUGAAAGACCAUAGAAAUGUUUUAAUUUUCAAGUAAGUCACUGAAA